GCCGCCCGAAAAAAAAAGCGCGCGCGACAACUGUCAAACUAUAACCUCAAAAGCGCGCGGAAAUUAACUGUCAAAAAUUCGAAAUUACAACCUCAAAAUUUAGCCAUGAGUUAUAUUUAUGAUGAAUUUAACAAUAAUUUCCAAGAUUUCCGUUAUUACAAAGAUAAUAAAAGUGAUAAGGAGUGUUGUGUGAAGGAUGAGGGCAAAGACGAGCAUAUACAGCAUGUGUUGGGGCCAAGUCGGAGGUGCUUGGCGUGGGCGUGUAAGGCCUGUAAGAGGAAAACGGCGGCUGUUGAUCGGAGGAAAGCGGCGACGCUUAGAGAGAGACGGAGGCUUAGGAAAGUAAAUGCUGCCUUCGAAGAGCUUCGAAUUCGUGCGAGAGCCGGCAGUGGGAGGUUACCGAAACUGGAAAUACUGAGGGCCGCCAUACAGCAUAUAGAGAGGUUGCAAGCCGCCUUGAGAGCUGCCGCAGCGUUGGAGACAGAAGGCAAGGGCUACAUGGAGCCAGUCGGUGACAGGAGUCCCGCCAGGGAACCCAACUUGGACCGGGAGAAACCUUUCCUUAACAACGAAGGAGGUUGUGGAGUCAACAGUCUAGCACGACUUCGGUGCAUCGUCCAAGCCUUAACUACGAGGGACUCGUGACCGGCAUCCGUAUUAUCCAUAAAUAACCAACCACAAAUUAAAAUUUUGAAAAAACCCCCGACCGCGACAUAGUGGACCGAUUUUCAUGAAACAUUUCUAAGAACACUCCCUACUCAUUCAGCUUUUAAACAAAAAAGUAAAACUAAAUC